GAGAAGGGCGAGGAGGGUCCAGGUAACGGGGUCGGCCCGCAUCCGGUUCCGCGCGACUGGUCUUCCGGUUUUCCGAAUUAUUCCUCAAAUUCCUCCAGUUUUGGCCGGACCGCAGGCGACGCCGGACCGCCGGAGACCGCUUGCGCAUCCGAACGGCCCAGGAGCUUUGCCGAAGCCGGGGUUUCGGCGUCCGGAGGCGUUUCGGACGCUUCGGCGGGCGAUUCGAAGCCGUCGGUCGGGGAUUCGGACGUUCCUCCUUCGGGUCCGCGGAGGGGGGACAUGGCGACGGCGUCCGAAUGCGUCCGCGACGACGUCUUCGACUUCGACAGUCUGGAGAGCUGCGAGGUGGUGGUCCUCCAAACGCCCGGCUCUGGAGGAGGAGGAGGAGGAGGAGGGUCGUCCUCCGCGGGCGUGGGCGCGCAGGAUGGGCGUGGGUGGUCGCUAACCAACGAGGAAUCGGAGGCGGUUUUCAACACCUCGGCGACGUCGGAGCCAUUCAGCGACGGAUUC